AGAUGUAGAUCAUCUCAUGUCACACUCCACAUUUAAUCAGUUGGUAUCUCAUUUAAAAAAGACAGCUGACAAACCUAAUGAAGAUGGCUACGGUAUUCAUAAAGUUACUGAAGAAAUCCGCAAAUCUGUAGUUUCGGGCAUAAAUACCCCAUCUGGGAGAAGGAUUCUUUUCGGAUUUUCUGGUUCAGAAAACUUUGGUAAAUGUACGACGUCUGGGGAGUUGUCUCAAUGUCGAUCUCUUUUGUGUCUCAUGGAGUUACUGAAAAUAUUUGUUCGUGAUUCUGACCUUAAUGUAACACUGUGUUCACUAGAAAUAGCCACACUACUUACACAACCAUUCCAAUCCAGGAUCAGCGUAAAUCUUGGUAAAUCACCAUGCAGAAACAUUGAUGGUUUAAGUGCUGAUAAUGCAGAUUGGUUUGCACAUCAACUUCUGGAUACGAUUUAUUUUGCUCUGAGUGAUAGCAGAUUAGAUGUUCGGAUUGCUGGUACCAAGCUUUCUCUAGCAGUUGCAAGUUUACCAUUUUGUGCUAUGAUAGUUGUUCGUGAAGUGGGAGGUCGAGUCCUUACUUACUAUUCUGGAUACGAUACAAAAAAAUCUGGUCAUGCAGAGGGAUGCGCAUAUUUCAAGCUUUCUACCGACAGAAUACAUCGACUUCACCAAGAGUCUGUUGAUCUUGUUACCUCGCUACUUUUAACGCUUCCUAGUUCAGAGUUUGACUUGACUGAAGUUUGUAAACUGGUUGUUCUUCCAGGACUUACUGACCUUAAGUUACUGGUACGUAUUGCAACAUUAGAUUGUGUAUCUGUGGUAGCUCAUCAUCUUGGUACUGAUAAUUUGGAUUGUUUAUUAACUGUUGUAUCCCAAGCAGAUAAUUUCCUAUUAAAAACUGCUGGAAAUUUUUUACAACAAUCGUAUUUAGAAAAAGAUAAUCAUCAAAAUUUAGAUUCAAAAUAUUCAACAUUAACAGAAGCUGUAAAAAAGCGAUUAAUUCAAUGUCAAUUACCACAGUUGGAUAGUCAUUCACGUGUGAUACGAACAAAUAAUUAUAAUAAUGUACCUGGUGCGUCGAUAUUAGUUAAUACGUUGGGAUUAAGUUCAAAACAUAAUACAGAUUCACACUUAAAACCGCAAAUUUCCACUGACGAAGGUUUCACUAUCAACACACCUAGAACGGUAUCACAAUUUUCAAGUUCUACAACUCAAUCGGAUAUAUUGUCAAAUCCGUCAAUAGCUGAAAAAGUGAAAUCUAACUAUCGUCGCCGACCUAGUGCUGGUUUAACACACAGACAAAAACAACUCCCAUGGGAUCCAAGGAUCAGUAUUGAUUUGUCUAGUUCAUAUCCGAGUAAAAAAACAUCACGUUUAAUUCGUCGUAAUUCUAAUUGUAGUUUAUUCACUGUCAAUAAUUCUAAUAAUUUACCAAUUAAAAGCAAUCAUAUUUCUAAUCAUCUUAUAAACAGUAUUGAAAAUGAUAUGUUGACCGAUAACAAUACUGGAUAUAAUCCAUUAUCUUCCAAAAUUUAUGCGAAUAAUAAGUUCAACAAUGAUAAUAGUGAUAUUGAUAACAAUGAACAUGUUAAUGAUGAUGAUAACGACAAUGAGGUGGAUCAUAAUCUCGAUGCAAAAUCAAGUACAAUUCAUCAUACUGCUGUUGUUGCCGUCAGUGCUAAAAAUAAUCCUCAACACUUGCAACUGUGUGAAUCACAACGAAAACUUCAAGAUAAUUCUAACAAAACUAUUUACAACUCUAUAAGUCUUAAUAAUAUCAAAUCAGAAUACAUUAAUCUAUCAUCUACGAAACGUUUCAAUGCUAAAUCACAAUUAUCAGAAUUAUGUUCACAAAGUUUACCUGCUUCUGGUCGUAUGUCACCUACAUCAAAAAUUUUAUCUUCAGAUCUAUCUUCUAUAGAAAUAACCAAGGUCUAUCCUCUGCGUUCUUCCCUAUGUAUGGCUAAGUCUGGAUCGAACAGUGAAGAACUAAGCUCUUUCAACACACCGCGUCGUAAACCCCGUUUAGCACCAAUUCGUCAGUCAGAUCAUUCCAUACUUUGGGCAUCACAAAAUCAAAACUCCCAUCUAAAUUCUAUGUAUCAUUCUUCAUUGUUACCAACUCGAGCUACUCUAGUUCGUCAAAGUAAUAGAUCACGUCCAGCUCUUAAUCAAGUUUUUAAUAACAUUAAUACAAAUACAGAAAAUUAUCUAGAAUGUAAUCGUUUUGGAUAUAAUAUAAUUACACCGAAUAAUUCUUUAAAUACUUAUCAUUCUACUUCAUGUAUAACACCUAGAGAAAAUGUAAAUAAAAAUAAUCGAAAUAUUCAAUCGGAUAGAAUAGUUAAAUCAUCAGUUGAUAACUUGUAUUAUAAUCAUAUUAAUACAAUUAGUACAACUAGUAGAUCUAAUCAUACUGAGUAUGAUUCAUUUUAUUAUAAUCACAAUGAUGAUAAUAACACAGUUGAAGAAGAAAUUUACGACGAAGAUUAUGAGUCCGAUGAAGAAUUCACAGAUGGUGAUGAUGUAGAUGGACGAAGUAAUGAUACUAGUAGUAGUACAAUAAAUAAUACAACAUUUUGGCGUUCAAGUCGAUCAACAAAACCUAAUUCAUUACCUGCCAGUGCAUUACCAUUAAAUCUGCAUAAUAAUGAUUCAGCUUUACCAAAUUCACCAAGUUCUGAAAUUCCUGAAGUAUCAAGUAUACGUAGUGCUGCAUCUCAUAGACGUGCAAUGCGAUUAUUUGAAGAAGCUGAAAAACGUAGACAAAGUGAAAGUUAUAAUAAUCUACAAAUAUUGUCUACUUCAUCAACACCUCUAUCAUCGAUAAGAAUUACAAAAAUGCAUAAUACAGACCUAUCAAAUAACACAAAUAGAUUGAAUUCUGAUAUUAAUUUUGUAAAUUCAACUUUAUCCGGUCCUGUGUUAACACCAGCUGUUGUUCCCGUAAUGUCAUCACAACGUUUCAUUCCUGGAAAAAGUUCAGCUAAAAAAAGUCCAAAUAGAUUUUCUGAAAUAACAGUAAACGAUGCUGAUCGAUUACCUAAUAAUAGUGGUACGGAUGAUAAUAGUUCACCUAAAACUCCUAGAAACUUUGGAUCUGAUAAGAAACAAAUACAAUCACAACAACAAUUCACAAAAAAUUCACAAGUUGUAACAACUGUUUCAUCUAAAUAUAACCCUUAUGUUGGUGCAUCGUUUCGUGAGAAUCGGGACUAUAUUGGUGUAGUUAUUGGACGUGCUGCUGUUACUCCUUCACCUAUUACAACUAUUGAUAUGCAUCAACAUUAUCAAAGUAUUGAACGAAGACCGUUAAAAGGUCAACACAAUAUUCAAUCUAGUAUAGGGAAUACAGGAAAUGCAAUAAAUCCUUUAAUGUCUACCGAAUUAUCUACAACGUCAUCAUCUACAUCGUCAACGUCAACAACAACAACAACAACAGUACCAGCUCCAUUAUCCACUUCUUUCAAUAUUGUUGGUCGAGGUUUAUUUGAUCAACCAGUGAUAGUAACAAGUGGGAAAUCAAACUCUAUACUCUCAUCAUCACAAUCAUUAAAUAAAUUAUCAAUAAAUACAAAUAUCAAUUCUACUGGAAGACAAACACCAGCCAAUUCUAAACAUAAUGAAUAUAAUCAACUAGAACAUAGUAUUCAUCAUUUAUCUAAAGAUAAUGAACUUGAAGGUUCCAAUAUCCUACUUGGUAUCGGUUUAAAUGAUACAUCAAAUGUUACAUCUGCUAAUUCCGCUCCAAAUGUAUGUGAUAUUGAUUUAAAAGGAGGAACACAAGAGGCAUGUGUAUCUCAUAGUUUUCGACAAAGAAUAUUACAGAAGAAAUCAAAAAAAUUACAAAAGCUACGUGAUAAUUCUACACUGUCGAAACAAGCAUCAAAUACCUCUUUAUCUAGUGUACAACCAUCAGAGAAUAAUUUGGACCAAGUAAAUUCCGAUACAAUUGAUAAUACUACUGUAAAUCUAGACAAUGAUAAAUCCUAUCCAAGUCUGGAUUCUAGUGAACAUCCUCCAAGUCAUUCAACAUGGCCACCUCCAUCAUCUAACAAUACUCGUAUGAAUUAUCCUUUAAAACCAGAAGAAUCUUCGCCUAAAUUAAAAUCAGGUAAUACACCCACUGGUGUAUCUUUAUUACCUCCAACUAGACGUCGUCUACCAGCUGAAAAUUCCUUAUCAAAAGGUUCACGUUCUACUAGUCAAAAUUCUGUUAAUAAUACUAUUAUUAAUCAUUCUGAAUAUUCAAAUGUAGAUUCAAACGAAUCAAUGAGUUCGAAUCUCAAUUGUACAGAUAAUCCAAUAACCAGUAGCGAUACAUCCUUGAAAUUAAGUGAUUAUGAUAAAAACCCUCUACCAGAUAAACCACAGCUUAAUAAAGUUCGUUCAGUAGUUAGUGUUAUUGGAACUCCACCUACACUACCUAGUGCUUUAAAUUUAAUUAAUUCAAACGAUUGGGAAGAUAAAGUGACUGGAUUAGAACUAUUGGCACAAAUCGUUACAGAACAGUCAGUACAUUUAGUACAAACUACACAAACUGGUUCUGCUUCAGCUGGUUCUUCUAGACAACCUGCUACAAAUAUAUCCAGUUCAGCGCCAACAUUGAUACUUACUGCCGAAACACUAAGUCAAGCUGUACAAGCUGUAAUAACUGAAUGCAGAAAUCUACGUUCUCAAGUUUCACGUCAAGCUGUACAAACUAUGGGUAGUUUAUUUCAGGGUUUAAAUAGAGCAAUGGAUCCACAUGUCGAUGUAUGUAUACGAGUAUUGUUAAGUAAAACUGGUGAAGCGGCUGCUGCUUUCUUACGCGAUGAAGUUUCUGUAAUUAUGGAUGAAGUUAUUCAACAUGCUAGUCCAUCGCGUACACUACAAGCCUUGAUUCAACAUGGUAUAGGUCAUAAAAAUCCAGCUGUUCGAUUGCAAACAGCAUUACUUGUCUCUCGUAUCGUUGAAAACUUAAGUAAUCAUGGACGUAUGAAUUUAUCAAAUCGUAACAAUGUUAAUCGUGGAUCUGGUGGCAAUAAUAAUAAUAAUAAUCCUACUGUUGGUCGUUUAUCAUCAUGGGGUUCAACAGGAAAUUUGAAUUCUGUUUCUUCGGCUACUUUAUCUUCAUCGAAUUCAGUUUUUCUUGGUGGAUUUAUGGAACGUUUAGUUGGUGCACUUAGUCAAUUUCUUACUGAUGGAAAUCAAGAAACACGAUAUUAUGGACGCCGUUUAUUAAGUACACUGAUGCAACAUCCUGAUUUUGAGAGAACUGCUCAAAGACAAUUAACUGGUCAACCUUUUCGAGCUGUAAAAGAAGCGAUUGAUCAAAUUCAUCAAAAAGGCGUUGGAGAUUUGCCUCCAUCAAUGUCGUCUUCAGCUGGUUCUCGUCGUAGGGGGUUUUCACCAGCGACAAGAUCUCGUGGACCCAGUGCUGGUGGUCUUGGUUCCAAAGCCUAAUAUAUGUAUACUAUAUCCCUCCCAUUUGCAUAUCCUCUAAUUUCUGAAUAUGUUUUUAACUUUUGGUCAUUGCCAGUCUCAACUUUCUUACAAGUCCGCUCAUAUAUACAUAUAUAUAUACAAAGAUUGUUGUAUGUCUCUCCCAUCUUGUUUUAAUUUCAAUAAUACAUAAUUCCAUCUGGUUUUUUGUUCAACUGUAAAUGUCUAGUUUUCUCCCAAGAGUUUUCUUUUUAAAUCAAAGGAUAAAAAAUAGUAUAGUGAUUUUUAUAUUCUUGAAGUACACAAUGUUGAGUGAUUGAA